UCAACAUAGGCGCACACGUUUGUAAGUUAUUCUGACAUAGACUAUUAAGGUGUGGUGUCAUCAGCAAUCAUGGCCCAGUAUAAAGGUGCUGCGUCCGAGGGAGGCCGUGCUGCCAACUUAAUCAAGAAACGACAGAAGGAACAGGAAGAAAUGGAGAUAAAGAAGAAGAAAAUUGAAGAAGAAUUAAAGAUUGGCAGCAUACAGAACAAAUUUGCAACACACUAUGAUGCUAUAGAACAGCAGUUAAAGUCAAACACUAUUGGUCUGGUCACCCUUGAUGAGAUGCGAGCUAAACAAGAAGAUGUCAUUAAGAAGAGAGAAAAGCAGCUGGCGAAGAAACACUCAGAGGCUCAACUGUUGGAUCAACAGAAGAAAGAUAGGAAAAAGAAAGAACAAAGGAAGAUGGCUAUGCUUUCCUUUGAUCCUCAUGAUGAUGAAGAAGAGGAGGAGGAUGAAGAUGAAAAGAUGGAAAAAUUAGAAGAAAUAAAAACAAAAGAAACUGAAAAAGGGAAAAAGAAAAGACUUGGGAAGGACCCUGAUGUGGACACCAGUUUUUUACCAGACAGAGAUCGAGAAGAAGAGGAAAACAAACUUAGAGAACAACUACAACAAGAAUGGGUUGGAAAACAGGAGAAGUUAAAGAAUGAGGAAAUAGACAUCACAUAUAGUUACUGGGAUGGGUCUGGACAUCGGCGUCAGGUGAGGAUGAGGAAGGGAAACACAAUGCAGCAGUUCCUACAAAAAUGUCUGGAGACACUACGGAAAGAGUUCAACGACCUCAAGUGUGUGACUGUUGAUCAGCUCAUGUAUGUCAAAGAGGACUUAAUUAUUCCACAUCAUUACAGUUUCUACGACUUUAUUGUCACUAAAGCCCGCGGCAAGAGUGGCCCAUUGUUUAGUUUUGAUGUUCAUGCAGAUGUAAGGAUUAUUAGUGAUGCAACAGUGGAAAAGGACGAAUCUCAUGCGGGUAAAGUGUGUCUGCGGAGUUGGUAUGACAGAAAUAAGCACAUUUUUCCGGCGAGUCGAUGGGAGCCAUAUGACCCAGAGAAAAGAUGGGACUCGUAUACAGUGUCCGACAAAAAUGCUAUUAAAAUCACUGUCAAGUAGAUGUUUGUAUCCAUUUGUGUUCCAUUAAAAUCUUUGUCAAAU